AUGGCUUCUUCAGGGCUCUUGCAAUUAAUUAUAGGCCUAGAUGGUCUAAAGAUCUGCACUCUCGAUGUUCAAGACAGGCAAAAGUCAUUUAGACAGCAGUUCAUGUGGGAGAGAAAAGUACCGCUAUCUUCGACCGUUACCCUGAAACCUGGGGCAUACUACCAGGAAAGUUCCUGGCUCAGCAAGAAGUUCAAUGUGGAUGGAUUUUCAGGGUGGCAUCUGAUGAGAUAUCUUCCGCUAGUGAAAGAUGGUAACUUGCUCUACGGUCUUUCCGUAUAUCGUGCGGCAGGAGGUAUUACUGGACUUGAGGCCCAUUUCCGCUUCCACACUAGCAAAAACAGAAUAGCCCGCUUCCAACCAUUAAUAGAACUCAAGCCAGAACUCUUGCAAACGGGAAAGAUAUCAGGUCUGUACUACGACGCUCUACGAGUCAGUUCCCAGAGGCUCCAGACCAUCGGAGUCAUGGAAGAUCCUAAUCAACCAGUGUACAAUACCGACCAAGCAGUAAUACCCGAAGACUCGCCAAACCAAUAUUCUACAAACCUUACCGCUUCAGUAUCUGGAACAUUUGGUUCAAGUGUUGUUGUAAAGGACAUAACCACUAUCCAGGCCUGCUAUAUUCGUGAACGCUGUACGGGACUGGCGUUCACCUUGGCAAAGGGCAGGGUUGAGAUUCUGGGGCAAUGGUUUGAAUGCACUGGCCAACACAGUUUGCUGUUCAACAGCACUAGCGAUAGGGAUCCUAAAGGGCUUCGGUUUCACCUGCAAGGAGCAUCUCACAUUGCUGUCGUCAAUAACGUGACGAUCCUCUACGCCGAGGGUGAUAACGGCUCCGUGGAAGGGCUCGAUAAUGACUCCGCGGAAGGCGCAGUAAAGGAUGCUAAGUGCUCUCUGACCAAAUACACGUUUGGAAGGUAG